GACGGAAGGCCCUCUUCGCUGCCGCUCUCUCUCUCUCUCUUUGCAUGUCUAUCUAUCUAGAAUCCUCAACUGCUUCUUCUACCUUGAGAAGUAGAAAAUUGACCUAAAAUUCACAACGCAGAAUCAUAAAGAGCUGUUGAGCUUCUUCGCUCAUUCCAUACUCAUCUGCAUUUCUCAGCACAAUGACGUCGCUCUCCGGCGGCAAAGACGAUCCUCGUCGGCGUGCCAUCAAAUCUAAAAUCCGUGUAGUCCCCGACUUUCCCAAACCAGGGAUUAUGUUUCAAGACAUUACUACUCUCUUACUCGAUCCAAAUGUCUUCAAGGACACCAUUAAUUUGUUCGUCGACCGAUACAAAGGAAAUAACAUAACAGUAGUAGCAGGAAUAGAGGCUCGGGGAUUCAUUUUUGGUCCUGCUAUUGCAUUGGCUAUUGGAGCCAAGUUUGUGCCCUUGAGGAAGCCAGGAAAGCUUCCAGGUAGAGUUAUGUCAGAGGAGUAUGUCCUGGAAUAUGGAAGGGAUUGUCUUGAGAUCCAUGUUGGAGCUGUCGAGAAGGGUGACCGUGCACUGGUGGUUGAUGAUUUGAUCGCAACUGGUGGCACACUCGGUGCUGCAAUGAGCUUACUUGAACGAGCUGGAGCUGAAGUAGUUGAAUGUGCGUGUGUGAUUGAAAUACCAGAAUUGAAGGGCCGAGAAAAGCUGAAUGGAAAGACCCUAUUUGUCCUUGUCGAAUCUCAUUGAUACAAUCCAUUAAAAGGCAUGAGUAGCAGCGGAUGGGAAAACAUGAAAAGUGUCCAAAUCAUAUCAUGAUCUUCUUCCAAUCGGUGCCUUGCCAAUUGGGUUGUCAUUGUGCUUGAUCAAUGUCCCAAGUUGAAACUUUCUAAGUGUUUUUCAAAUAACACCAUUCUUCUGUUGAUUUUCAAAUGAUUUCCAGAAACAGCUGGCUUUUAUUUUCCUACUUUGUAUUUCUUUGCACUUUGAAUCAGUAAAUCAAUCAUUUUCAUUC